UUCUCUCUCUCUCUCCGCCUCCCUUUAAGACCACUUCUCUCCUCUCUCUCUUCCUCUUUCCGCCAUCACUUGAGCUCAACGAGCUCUCUCUCUCUUUACUUCCACUUCUUUGGAAGCAGAUAGUGAGAAGAAGAAGAACACUCAAAGAUUUGAAUCUAUUUUUUUCUUUCUAUUUCCAAUCCCCGGAGAAUCAGAUCGGAUCGGAUUUUUAAAUUUUACAAAACAAUUGCUAAGAUGCAGACGACCAACGGCACAGAUUCGGCGUUGGCAAGUUCCGGAGCCACGGCGCCGAUUCAUCAAACGACCCCUCCGCCUCAGCACCAGCAGUGGCAGCCGCAGCAGCAGCAACAGUGGAUGGCGGCGGCGGCGGCUAUGCAGUAUCCGCCGGCGGCGGCGAUGAUGAUGAUGCAGCAGCAACAGAUGAUGAUGUAUCCUCACCAAUACGUUCCUUACAAUCAAGGUCACUAUCAUCAUCCUCAGCAGCUCCAAUACGCGUCUUAUCAGCAAAACUACCACAACCAGCAGCAGAAGCCACACGAGCGUGGAUCUGGAGAAGAUGUGAAGACUCUCUGGGUCGGUGAUCUUCUUCAUUGGAUGGACGAGACUUAUCUCCAUUCCUGCUUUUCUCACACCGGCGAGGUUUCUUCUGUGAAAGUUAUUCGUAACAAGCUAACUUGUCAGUCAGAAGGGUAUGGGUUUGUUGAGUUUCUUUCACGUGCUGCAGCUGAAGAAGUUCUUCAGAACUAUAGUGGCUCAGUGAUGCCAAACUCGGAGCAGCCUUUCCGUCUAAACUGGGCGUCUUUUAGUACUGGUGAAAAGAGAGCAGUAGAAAAUGGUCCAGAGCUAUCGAUAUUUGUUGGAGAUUUGUCUCCGGAUGUGACUGACACUUUGUUGCAAGAGUUGUUCGUUGAGAAAUAUCCAUCUGUCAAGAGCGCGAAAGUUGUGAUCGAUUCCAACACCGGCCGGUCCAAAGGUUACGGUUUUGUUAGGUUCGGUGAUGAAAACGAGAGAUCAAGGGCUUUGAUAGAAAUGAAUGGAGCUUUCUGUUCAAACAGGCAAAUGCGUGUAGGUAUUGCAACCCCCAAAAGAGCGGUUGCUAAUCAGCAACAACAUUCUUCACAAGCUCUGAUACUGGCUGGUGGACAUGGAGCAAAUGGUUCCAUGGCUCAUGGCUCGCAGACUGAUGGCGAAUCAAACAACUCAACAAUAUUCGUUGGCGGCCUUGACCCUGAUGUUACUGAUGAAGACCUCAGACAACCUUUUUCCCAGUUUGGCGAGGUUGUGUCAGUGAAGAUUCCAGUAGGCAAAGGAUGUGGAUUUGUCCAAUUUGCUAACAGGAAGAGUGCUGAUGAUGCCAUCCAGAGUUUGAACGGGACAGUCAUCGGCAAGAACACUGUCAGACUCUCAUGGGGACGAAGCCCGAACAAGCAGUGGAGAGGAGACUCAGGACAGCAGUGGAAUGGAGGAUACUCACGAGGACAAGGUUACAACAAUGGAGGAUAUGCUAACCACCACGACUCCAACGCCUAUCCUGCCGAGACUUGAAGAGACUCAAGUGAUCAUGAUCAACAUGGUGGUUCAAGCCUCUCUGAUUCACACAUCAGUCAAAACUAAACUUGUAGUCCAGUGAGGAGAAUUUUGUUAGAUGGAUUUGAUUUUGAUAGACUUGUCGUUGUUUGGAGAUUCAAAAAAUUUUGGUUACUGGUUUGUGUGGUCUCAGACUAAUAUAAUGGUUGUGCUUGUUGGGAUCA